GGGCAGGGCUUGGGUUCUGCCCGGGGACGCAGCCCAGUUAGUAGCGUCGCUCCCUGAGCGCUUCUAAGGGGGCCGCCCGGCCUUGUCUUUCGGCAGUGGCCGAGCCACCGCCGCCUGCCGCGCGUUCCAGAGCUGGGCGCUGCAGCUGCACUGCCGAUCGCCGUGUUUGGUCGAUAGAAUCCCCAGUGUGCCCAGAGAGUGCGACCCCUCGCCCGGCCCGGCGAGCCCUGGGCGUGAACCGAGCUGAGGGAGGAUGGCAGCCUCUGGGGUGGAGAAGAGCAGCAAGAAGAAGACCGAGAAGAAACUUGCUGCUCGGGAAGAAGCUAAAUUGUUGGCGGGUUUCAUGGGCGUCAUGAAUAACAUGCGGAAACAGGUACCGCCUCUGUGGGAGUGACGGACGACGGUGGGAGGUGGUCCGGGGCUCGGGCCCCUGGUUCCCGGGGUCGAACCCCGCGCCCUGUGGAUCGCGCCCCUCUUUCUCUGUCCUCGCCCCUCCUUCCGUUUUCGCAGGCGAGCGAUUCCGCAGUUGGUAGAGGGGCGCGUAAAACAAUUCUCGAGCAAAAGUGCUUCUCGUCUGCCGAAGAUGUAGCUCCCAAGUCAGACUCCUGGGGGACUCCUCGGGCUGGCUUUCGCCGUCGGGUAUCGGUUGUGUAACAGCUCUGCCCUAGUUAUCUCUUUGUGGGGCGAGGAUCCUUCCAUUGGCGAGCCGUUUUAAGGUGUCGUGAGAUCUUGUGUGAAGAAACCCAUUGGCAUAGCCCAAACCGAAGCCCCCAAAGGGAGGAGAGUUGCUGGCCUGAAAUCAGCUGCUCUUAAAUAAGGAUCCCCGCCCCUUCCUGUAUUCCCCGGUGGAGCUAGUUGAAGAGGAGUCCUCCUGUUCGUGCUAAUUUAGAGCAGAAGCAGCCAUCGAUAAAUACCAUGCCAUCUUCUAAGGGCACUGUGCGCCUCUGUUAUUAAGAGGAGCUCUUUGUUCUGUCCUUGGUGUGUGGUGCAUUCGUGAAAUUCUGCAGCACAUCGGCGAAAGUGAUUUAAAUCUACCACCCAGCUGUAGUUGAAUCUACAAUCUGCUCAGGGAUUUAUACUCAAUGCCAAUUUGAUAUCAUGCUGGGAGGGACUGAUUGCAGAACCUUCUUGACAAGCCACAUAAAUCUAAAGAGACAGAGUUUCAUCAUGGUGCCCCGGCUGGUCUCGAAUUCCUAGGCUCAAGCAAUCCACCUGCCUUGGCCUCCCAAAAUGCUAGGAUUGGAGAAAACGUUGUGUGACGUGAUCCUCAUGGUCCAGGAAAGAAAGAUACCUGCUCAUCGUGUUGUUCUUGCUGCAGCCAGUCAUUUUUUUAACUUAAUGUUCACAACUAACAUGCUUGAAUCAAAGUCCUUUGAAGUAGAACUCAAAGAUGCUGAACCUGAUAUUAUUGAACAACUGGUGGAAUUUGCUUAUACUGCUAGAAUUUCCGUGAAUAGCAACAAUGUUCAGUCUUUGUUGGAUGCAGCAAACCAAUAUCAGAUUGAACCUGUGAAGAAAAUGUGUGUUGAUUUUUUGAAAGAACAAGUUGAUGCUUCAAAUUGUCUUGGUAUAAGUGUGCUAGCGGAGUGUCUAGAUUGUCCUGAAUUGAAAGCAACUGCAGAUGACUUUAUUCAUCAGCAUUUUACUGAAGUUUACAAAACUGAUGAAUUUCUUCAACUUGAUGUCAAGCGAGUAACACAUCUUCUCAACCAGGACACUCUGACUGUGAGAGCAGAGGAUCAGGUUUAUGAUGCUGCAGUCAGGUGGUUGAAAUACGAUGAACCUAAUCGCCAGCCAUUUAUGGUUGAUAUCCUUGCUAAAGUCAGGUUUCCUCUUAUAUCAAAGAAUUUCUUAAGUAAAACGGUACAAGCUGAACCACUUAUUCAAGACAAUCCUGAAUGCCUUAAGAUGGUGAUAAGUGGAAUGAGGUACCAUCUACUGUCUCCAGAGGACCGAGAAGAACUUGUAGAUGGCACAAGACCUAGAAGAAAGAAACAUGACUACCGCAUAGCCCUAUUUGGAGGCUCUCAACCACAGUCUUGUAGAUAUUUUAACCCAAAGGAUUAUAGCUGGACAGACAUCCGCUGCCCCUUUGAAAAACGAAGAGAUGCAGCAUGCGUGUUUUGGGACAAUGUAGUAUACAUUUUGGGAGGCUCUCAGCUUUUCCCAAUAAAGCGAAUGGACUGCUAUAAUGUAGUGAAAGAUAGCUGGUAUUCGAAACUGGGUCCUCCGACACCUCGAGACAGCCUUGCUGCAUGUGCUGCAGAAGGCAAAAUUUAUACAUCUGGAGGUUCAGAAGUAGGAAACUCAGCUCUGUAUUUAUUUGAGUGCUAUGAUACGAGAACUGAAAGCUGGCACACAAAGCCCAGCAUGCUGACCCAGCGCUGCAGCCAUGGGAUGGUGGAAGCCAAUGGCCUAAUCUAUGUUUGUGGUGGAAGUUUAGGAAACAAUGUUUCUGGGAGAGUGCUUAAUUCCUGUGAAGUUUAUGAUCCUGCCACAGAAACAUGGACUGAGCUGUGUCCAAUGAUUGAAGCCAGGAAGAAUCAUGGGCUGGUAUUUGUAAAAGACAAGAUAUUUGCUGUGGGUGGUCAGAAUGGUUUAGGUGGUCUGGACAAUGUGGAAUAUUACGAUAUUAAGUUGAACGAAUGGAAGAUGGUCUCACCAAUGCCAUGGAAGGGUGUAACAGUGAAAUGUGCAGCAGUUGGCUCUAUAGUUUAUGUCUUGGCUGGUUUUCAGGGUGUUGGUCGAUUAGGACACAUUCUCGAAUAUAAUACCGAAACAGACAAAUGGGUUGCCAACUCCAAAGUUCGUGCUUUUCCAGUCACAAGUUGUUUAAUUUGUGUUGUCGAUACUUGUGGAGCAAAUGAAGAGACCCUUGAAACAUGAAAAAUGAGUGGACUUCAGACUCAUCAGAGACUCUAAAAUAUAGCCACCAGUGCUUUGUUCCAGGAGUUUGGUGACAAAGUUUUGGUUUGGUGUUUUGGUAAAGAAAGUUUCAAGUGAAAUGAGGUUCCUAUAAAAUAGAUGUUUCUUUUAUAUGGAUUUCCUUAAUUCAAAGAUCAUAUUUUAGCUGGCCACAAAACCAAGAACAUAUCUAGCAAGAAAACUUGAAAAAGUAUAAGCAUUUGUUAAAAAUAUGAAUUUCUUGAAUGAAUUUCACAUUUGUAACUAUGAUUUUGGCAGAAUAGAAGAUUGGCUCAUCAGUGAAGCACAGUAUCUUAGCUCUAGAUUCUAUUUUCAUGCAUCACAGAAGUGCUAUGCAGUUAGGUCUGUUUGUGCUCAGUCAAGAACUAAGAAAUAGUAUGAAUUGUAAGUCAAGAUGGGCAACUCAGAUGGAGCAGCUUAGUCUCACAUAGUUUGCUUGUCUAUUUAUUUUAUUUAGUGCCAAAUGUAUUCCAUUUUAAAAGUAAGCCAGAGUGAGUCAAGGCAUAUACACACUUUCUCACAAAACUUCCUAAACAGAUUUGGGGGUUUAAUAUGUCCAACUCCUCAUGAAAUAUAUUCAAUCCACUUAAAUAUAUUCCAUCUUUUUAACAUAAAAUGUAAAGCUUAGCACCCAUUAUUAAUUUAUGUCUCUGUUUUAUCCAGUGGUUAAAAAAGGAUUCUGCCUCUUUAGUCCUCACUGUUAAAUAAAAUCCAAUCAUAGUAAGUGAUUAACUAGCAAAAGGUAAAGCUAUUUAUAGCAAAUUUCUAGAUCAUUAGAAAAGCACUGGUAGUUGUACAAUAUCAGUGUUGACUUUGAACUUCUUUAACAAGAUCAUGAAUUCUUUUCCCUUAGCCAAAAUAUGAAAUAUUUAACCUAGUUGUCUCUAAAAGUUUUGUAAUCAUGAGUUAAAUAUAUGUCAUCUCCUAUUCAUUGCUUUUAUGUGAUCAAUAAAUCUUUUACAAACGCAACUACUCAUUUCCUUCCUAGUAAUACUUUGCCUUUUUCACUGUGUAUGGAAUGAAACAUGUAAAGCUGUCACAAUCAAUGUUUUUAUCUGAUAAUAUUAAAUAUUUUUUAACUUAAAA